CAAUUGGGUCGCUGUUUGAUGACGUAUUUGACAUUGGUAUGGGGCACUCGUGAAAAGUUGCUAACUAGCUAGCUUGUAAGGUCCAACCAUGGCUCUUAUUUCAAGAUCAUGCAGUGGGUUCCUCGCACAACUGUCAUCACUGACGCAUCACAAGGCUUUCAGUGUGUCAACAGCCGCAGCAGCCAUCCAGAAAAUGACCAGGGUUCGUGUUGUUGACAACAGUCCACUGGGUAGUACCCCAUGGCACCGUUCCCCUAGAGUCAUCCACGUCUACACCAAGAACGGAGUGGGCAAGGUGGGCGACCGCGUUCUGCUGGCCAUCAAGGGAGGGAAGAAAAAAGCUCUCAUCGUUGGCCACAAGAUGCCCGGAGAGCGGAUGAACCCGCGUUUUGACUCCAACAACGUUGUCCUGAUUGAAGACAACGGUAACCCUACGGGAACUAGAAUUAAAGUUCCACUACCGACACACUUGCGUAAAAUGGAAGGAGACUAUUCUAAACUGUUGGCCAUCGCUAGCCGGUUUGUGUAGUUCUGUAACAGGGCGGCAGGGUAGCCUAGUGGUUAGAGUGUAGGGGCGGCAGGUAGCCUAGUGGUUAGAGUGUAGGGACGGCAGGUGGCCUAGUGGUUAGAGCGUUGGACUAGUAACCGGAAGGUUGCAAGUUCAAACCCCCGAGCUGACAAGGUACAAAUCUGUCGUUCUGCCCCUGAACAGGCAGUUAACCCACUGUUCCUAGGUCGUCAUUGAAAAUAAGAAUUUGUUCUUAACUGACUUGCCUAGUUAAAUAAAGGUAAAAUUAAAAACAGAAGGUCCUUCGUUAAUAGUUGUGAUGACAGCCGUCGUGUCCUCACACAGGAUCAAGUCUAUGGAGGUGAUUCCUAGCACAUUUUCACGUAGUCUCCCAUUGACAUCAACGUACGACUAAGUGAAACAUUUGACUUUUAAGUGGGCUGUGUGCCCCUAUGUUAGCCAAUGGAAAUCUCUCCAAAUGUCUCUCCACAUGUUAUUGGUAAUGAAACCGUGUUGUCAAUGUAAACAGACCCUUUUUUCUUUUCUCCAUGUCAUUUAUGUUGUUUUGAUAAAUAAAGUUUACAUUAUUCAAAUGAUGCAUCUUUAUUAUUCCUCAGGGUGAACUUUUAGGGCCGGUUUCCCGGACACUGAUGAGCGUUGUCCUGGACAAUAAGACGAGUUCAAAGGAGAAUCUGAAUUUAAAUCUUCCACAGUAUUUAGUCCAAGACUAAUUCCUUUUUUUUUUUUUUUUUUUUUUUUGGUGUCCAGGAAAAUGUCGAACUCGAGGAAAGUCCUACAACGACAAAUCAAGGACCUAGGUGAAAUUAUGCUCACCACAGCCUACUGUUCAAAUUACUGUUCAUUCUAAUAGGUGGGACUCAGAAUUAUGCCUCACCUACCCUUUUGCUCGCUGCAUUUUCUGUAAUUACAGUAGUUAACGUUUUGUUCCCAAAUGAAUGCCGGUUGAUUUAAUUCCUUUUUGGAUCCUUUCUUGAACAGUUCCACUACAUGGAACAUUCAGAUAGAAAUAUGUUGUGUAGAACGAGCAAGGCACUACAUGGAACAUUCAGAUAGAAAUAUGUUGUGUAGAAUGAGCAAGGCUCUGACAUAUAGAAUAAAGAUUCAGGGCACCUCUGCUUGGGGACCAGACGGUGAAUUUGAUUCUGGAAAAUGGGUCCUUUACAAGCCAGAAUAUUAAAGAAAAUGAUAUUUGAACUUAC